UUUAUAUGUUUAACUAAGUCAUCAUUGGUAUUUCGUACCUAUACACUAACUACGUGGAGUGAGCAUAAUUGCGUUGUUUGGAUUUUGUGUCUUUAAUCUUGUGUUAUAGAUUUACAGUUUAGAGAUAUCACUAACAACAUCUUCAAAUUCCAUCCUUGUGUCUACUUUAAUGAACUGUAUUAAGUUAUUUAGGACUACACUGCCAAGGCAAAUUGGGUAUUCUUCCAUCAUCAGACAACAUUUUACUUCAACGGUGUCGGAUAACAAAACAUAAUGGAGGAUAUAAAAUAAUUGUACCAUAGUUUGGAGUCAUUUCCCUUGAAAAUGUGUCAGAGUUAAGUCGUAUACGAAUACAUGCACAGUGCGUAAACUUGAGUGAAGCAUGCAAGUACUCGCAUAAGUAAAAAAACAAAAACAAAAACAGUGGAUAGACAAGAUAAAGGCAACUGCGAUUUUAAUUAGAUGUUGUGAGCCUACAUAAAGAGAAGAAUAAGUGAAACAUGGGUGUGGAUGAUAUAAUACGGAAUAAUGUGAUUUUAAUGGUUUUCUGUCUGACUAUUUCUAUGGCAGAAAUUGAAGUUACAGCUGAUGCCGGCGAGUCUUUGUUAUCCCUCCAGAAUGAUUUCUGGGACUGGCGGAUGAGAAUUAACCCCACAUCUUCGACCCAUGAUGGCAUGUACAAAUAUAAUAAUCUGAUGGAGGAAUACAGUCUAGAAGAAUUCCACACAAAAAGGAAUAAGACACUAGACUUUCUCGCCCGACUAUAUGAAAUUGAACAAGACGACCUUGACAUCCAUGAAAAGGUCAACUUUGACAUUUUAAAGGACACACUCGAGACUUUCAUCGAAGGAAAUUUAUGGGCAGAAUAUGGUGCCUUAAGUCCUAUAAGCUUUAUUUCUGGCAUUCAAAUUUUCCGUGGACCUACUUUCGCCCCUAGUGCAACACGUGGGGACUUUGAAAACUACAUCGCGAGACUAUAUGCUGUACAAAAGCAGGUUGAUGGAAUUAAAAGUCUUGGUCGUCGCGCAAUUUCAUUGAACAGAACAUUGCACCAGGUGUCGAUGACUAAAGUUCCAGAGCAAAUUGACCAAAAGAUUUUCGACCGACCUGAAAGUUCAUCCUAUUAUAGUCCAUUUGGAGACUUUCUAGACAAUUCACACAUUACAAAUGACUCUGAUCGAGCAUAUAUAAGGAACAGAGGAAAGGAGGCAGUGUUAGCUUAUAUGAAUGCCUUUAGAGAUCUCAAGCACUUCAUUGUCAAUGAAUACAUGCCAAAUACCCGAAAGGAAUACGGUGUUUAUGCAUGGGAUCCUUCAAACGAAUACUACAAAGCUUGUUUAAAAUGGCAUCUAUCUUUUGACAUGACACCAGCAGAUGUCCAUGAUGUUGGUCUGCAGGAAGUGGAUCGUAUAACAAAGGAAAUGCAGAAGAUUAUGAGUAGUCUUGGCUUUGAAGGAACUGUCGCAGCUUUCUUUGCGAGUUUGGAAGAUGAUUCAAGGUUUUACACAAACGACACGGCCAAAAUCUUGAAAGCAUACAAUGAUAAUGUGUUCAAAAGAAUAAAUCCGGCUCUAGAAAACUAUUUUAGAGAUAUUCCAGAUAUUCCUUUAAACAUAAAAGCAGCGUCGUAUGAUGGACUGGGUGGUGGUUAUUCGUUAGCAUCAGAAACUUCUCCUGGAGUAUUUCAUAUCAACUUGUUUAGACCUCUGGAAGUACCUUUGUUUGAAACAAUGGUAUUGUCUUUGCACGAAGCAAAUCCUGGGCAUCACUUACAGGGAUGGGGACUUUAUUCAGAGUAUCUUGGUGAAGAGAUGGGAAUGUACAAAGACGGAUACGAAAUUUAUAGAUGGUCUCGAGAAGAAGCUAUUCUAUAUCUUCAAAAUCAUACCGCAUUGGCUGAUGGGAGUGCAGCCAAUGAAAUUGAUCGUUACAUAACAUGGCCAGGUCAAGCGUGUGCUUACAAACUCGGUGAGAUAAAAAUAAAAGAGCUUAGACAGAAAGCUGAAAAAGAAUUAGGAGACAAAUUCGACCUUAAAGAAUUUCAUUACCAAAUACUGGCAAAUGGAGGGAUGCCUAUGAGUGUGCUAGAGAGAAUCGUUAACAGUUGGAUAGACACAACAAAGCAGUCUAAACCUACAAGCGGCAGUCCUUGUAUUGUAUACGGACACACACUAAUUCCCGUCUAUAGUUUAAUAAGCAUACUUAUUGCAAUUGUUUCAAUAUAAGAUUUAAACAAAAAUAUGCAUAGCAUAAUAGACAGAUACAGAAAUAUAUAUAAUGACACGAGGGUUGUCCAAAAAGUCCGUUACGAAUUUUUUAGACACUUCCUUUUUAACGUCAGUACAUAAAAUAUCUCAUAUAUAAUCUACAUUUUAUCUUAUAUCAUAUCAAGUCAGAUUCCAAACAUCUUCUCCAAUAUCUUUAAAUUCUCAUUAUUAAAGGCACGUCAAAUAACCUG